AAGAAGAGCAACGGGCACACGCGCCGAUUCAACGCGGAAGUAGCUCUGUGAUCCGCUUCUCUCCUCGCGCGCGUCCCGCACUUUGAGCGAGUCUGCGUUUGUAUUGUUAUUUGCAUUAGUUCAUCGGCCGUCACAGACGUCUCCCAGCGUCGGACAAGCACCCACCCGUCCUCCUCCUCCUCGUCCCCGUGCUCUGAAGGCAUGUGGUCCGCCGGAGAAGCAGCGCUGCGCGCCGCGGAGACGCCGCUCCUGUGGCUCGGCGCCCUGACCGCCGCCUGGCUCUCCGUGUGCUCCGUGUACCGGCUGCUGUCCGGCAUCAGGGUGUGGGGCCUCGGCAACGGACGGCUCGUGUCACCCGACAAACUGGGGAAAUGGGCAGUUGUGACGGGGGCCACGGACGGGAUUGGCAAAGCUUACGCUGAGGAGCUCGCGCGCAGAGGCUUCUGCAUCGUGCUGAUCAGCCGCUCUCAGGAGAAGCUGGAUGACGUUUCCAAGUUCAUCUCGAGCAAAUGUGGAGUGGAGACCAGAACGAUCGUGGCCGACUUCAGCGCUUUGGACAUCUACUCCAGGAUCGAGGACGGACUUGUGGGGCUGGAGAUCGGAGUAUUGGUGAACAAUGUUGGAAUAUCAUAUUCUUACCCUGAAUUCUUCCUCAACGUCCCGAGUCUCGACACGUUCAUCGACACCAUGGUCAACGUUAACAUGACGUCCGUGUGCCAGAUGACACGUCUCGUUUUACCUGGAAUGGUGGAGAGGAAGAAGGGGGCCAUCCUGAACAUCUCGUCCGCCAGCGGGAUGUACCCCGUCCCUCUGCUCACCGUCUACUCCGCCUCCAAGGCGUUCGUGGACUUCUUCUCGCGAGGACUGCAGGCCGAGUACAAAAGCAAAGGCAUCAUCAUCCAGAGCGUUCUGCCGUUUUUUGUUGCGACCAAGCUGAGUAAGAUCCGCCGCGCCACGCUGGACAAGCCCAGUCCGGAGCGCUACGUCUCAGCCGAGCUCAACACCGUGGGGCUGCAGGCGCAGACCAACGGCUACCUGCCCCACGCCGUCAUGGGCUGGGUGACCACGUCCCUGCUGCCCGCCGCCAUCCUCAACAGCCACGUGAUGGGGAUGGGUUUGUCCCAGCGCGCUCGCUACCUUAAGAAGCAGAAGCAGGGUUAGACCGACCUGCUUGGAGGGGGGGAGGGGGGGGGGGCACUACGGGACCACGGAAGAGGACGAGAAGAAA